UCCAUGGUGAAACGAUGUCGUAUGAUGCUGGUUAUCAGUUUUUGCCGAUCUGGUUAUACCGUUUGAAUUCUUGUUGACCAACCAAAACAACAAAUAUGGAAAAAUAAUAAGGCAUUAUAAUUUGAUAUUCUCCGGAAAAGAGAUUGAGAUCAAAGAUUCAACAUCCGUAUUUCUCUCUCCAUCAAUUUUGCUCGAAUGUGGAGUUUCCCAAAUACAAUCCCAAAUCUUCGUCUUCGGAAGGUCUCUACUGAGCCGAAACUGUGUUGCUCUGAUUUGUCGGAUGAAGAUACUGGAUCAACUUCCAGCACAGAGGAAGGUCUAGAAUGCCCGAUUUGCUGGGAAUCUUUCAAUAUUGUUGAGAAUGUGCCUUAUGUCUUAUGGUGUGGCCACACACUCUGCCAGAAUUGUGUUCUUGGACUUCAAUGGGCUAUUCUAAAGUUGCCUGCCCAGAAGAUUAAGCUUCCAUUUUUUGUUUCCUGUCCAUGGUGCAACUUGUUAUCUUUUAGAUGGGUGUAUAGAGGAAAUCUUAAGUUUCCUCGGAAAAACUAUUUUAUCCUUUGGAUGGUAGAGAGUUUGAAUGGAGAGCGAGCUAAGUCUUCUUGUUCAGUACGUGAUGAUAAUCGUCUAACUUUUUCACCAAGAGUAAGUUCUCUUAUUGGUUGUCCAGCCAACAAUCACAGUCCUAGGAGGGCUCAAUAUACUCAAUCUCGAGGAUUGUUGGGAAGCAACCUUGAUGAUGGCCGUGUUACUGGUAAUAUUAAUGUGGAAAGGCCUCAGUUCUCACUUCACAAAUCCCUUGAUUACUUCAUUCAUGUUGCUUCUAAGUUCCCGCUGGUUAUUCUUUUCUUGGUGAUCAUAUUCUGUGUAAUACCAGGAAGUGUGGCUAUUCUGGUCCUGUAUUUGCUAGUCAGUGUUUUAUUAGCUCUGCCAUCUAUUUUGGUUCUGUACUUUGCUUACCCUACUUUGGAUUGGUUAUUGAGAGAAAUCGCCAGCUAAGGGUUUGUUUGAUUCCAGCAGUUUGUCCAAUGAAUUGGUGUGAUUAUUUGGAGUCAUAAAGGCUCAUAUUGAAUCGUGCUUCCCAUAUCUGGGUCUUUUAUGGUUAUUUGUGUUGUGAUAAGUACUACUCUGUAUUUCCUAUGUCUAAAUUACAAUUCUAUGGAUUUCGAUUCA